UAAAAUUAAAAAGAAAAAAAAUUCGAGGACGAGGUGGAAAUCUUAAACAUGAUGGAAAUCCCAAUAUGGUAUGAUAUGAAUUCGUCAAAGAUUAUACUGUAACAAAUCAAGUUUUCACCUUUUGGAAAUGUAUAUUAGAAAUAUCAAUGGAUACAAAGAGGACCCACCAACCCAAAUUACCCGCCAACCCGACAACCCGUUGUUAAACCAACAAAACAGAUACGGAUCCUCCAAACCCUGUACUAAAAGGACAAGCUUUACCAGUUUUGUCGAAAAACCUCCCUAAACCCACAGGUUUUAAGAAUUAAGAGUCAGCGAGAGAGAAAGGUCGCAGGAAAUGUUUCAGAGCAGAGCGGUUGCUUCGAUUCUGAAGAGGAACAAAUCUGUACUCAAUAGCUUAGCGUCCAAUCUCAAGGGAACGUCUUCCUCUCGUGUUUUUACAUCGUCGUCUUCUUCUUCUGCUUCUGCUUGGACUGCCAAUGCAGUCGCAAGGAGCUGCUUUCAUGGCUUUCGAUCUCUGCCUAAGGGACAUCAUGUGCCAUCUUUCAGGAAUAUGUCCACUUUGGCCUCUGUUGCCACAGAAAAGGAGGGAUUCAAACUACUAGUAACUGCAGGCCCGCGUGCUCAGAAGAUGGUGGGCAUAUGGCUCUUUGGUUCUGCUGCCUGGGUCUUUAGUAUGGUGGUACUAGGUGGUGUCACACGGCUGACUCGAUCUGGGCUUUCAAUGACUGACUGGAAAUUCACUGGGAGACUUCCUCCUCUAUCAGAUGAGGAGUGGCAACGAGAGUUUGAGAAAUACAAGCAGUCACCAGAAUAUAAGCGAGUAAACAAAGGGAUGAGUAUUGAGGAUUUUAAAUUUAUAUACUGGAUGGAAUAUGCACAUCGAAUGUGGGGGAGAGCUCUAGGUGUCAUGUUUGCUUUGCCAUUCUCAUAUUUUCUUCGUAAGGGAUAUAUUACCCUGCGCCUUGGACUAAGACUCUCUGCUCUUUUUGCUCUUGGUGCUGGUCAGGGUCUAAUUGGUUGGUGGAUGGUCAAAAGUGGUUUAGAGGAGCCACCUUCUGAAUAUGUUGAGCCCCGAGUGAGCCCUUACCGUCUUGCUGCUCAUCUUACUUCAGCAUUUGUCAUUUACAGUGGCCUGUUCUGGACCGCCCUUUCUGUUGUAAUGCCUGAACCUCCUGCUGAAUCAUUAGCCUGGGUUCAAGGGGCUGCCAAAGUCAAGAGGCUCGCAAUUCCACUGAGCCUCAUUGUAGGCAUUACAGCGGUCUCGGGAGCAUUUGUUGCAGGAAAUGAUGCUGGCCAUGCAUACAAUACUUUUCCAAAGAUGGGAGAUGUAUGGAUUCCCGAUGAUGUAUUCAAGUUGAAACCACUUAUCCGCAACUUCUUUGAGAAUACAUCGACAGUGCAGCUUGACCACCGUAUCCUUGCAACUACCACUUUAAUCUCUAUCAGUGCUUUGUGGUGGUCAUCCAGAAAGUUGGACAUCCAUCCGGCCAUUCGAUCUUUGGUUGGAAGCACACUAGGCAUGGCUGCUUUGCAGGUAACCUUAGGUGUAUCAACACUUCUAUCAUAUGUGCCUGUUUCACUUGGCACUGCACAUCAGGCAGGGGCUUUGACCCUUUUGACACUCAUGCUCCUGCUCAAUCACACCGUGAGGAGGCCAUCAAUGUCCCUUCUGAAAACGCUGCCUCAGGUUGCAAAGACAUCCUGAUAGCUAUAGAGUCAUCUAAGGAUAUUCGGAAGAUUAGUUGAACAAAUCGAUUUGUUAUUCGGUUCUCAUGUUUUGUUCUGCAUCGAUCUCCAAUCUUUAAGUUCAUGCCUUCAAGGGCAAGUCCAUUUAUUAUUUUGUCACUCUGAGAAGCAAAAUAUGAUUUCUUGCAAGGCAUCUAUUUGUAGCGACCUCAACAACUUAUUUGUAAUUAGGAAGAACUGAUACAUUAAUUGAAAAUGGUGGGAGUUGUUGUC